AUGACAGAAGAAACAAAGAAAACCAUGCGAGGCGUACUUUACUACGGCCCUAACGACUUGAGGUUCUCCAAAGAUAUCCCGAUGCCUACAAUUAGUCACCCAGAUGAAGUGAUGAUCAAGAUCAGCUAUUGUGGAAUUUGUGGUACCGAUUUGUUGUCUUACAAGAAGGGAUCACACUUCUUUGACAAGAUCCACCCGGAUACCGGUCAUCCUUUGACUGGUAAGAAGUUGCCCCAGGUGAUGGGUCAUGAAUUCUCUGGUACUAUUGUGGCUGUAGGUGACCUGGUUCGUGCGGAAGGGAAGUUCAAUCUUGGCGAUGAUGUGGUUUGUGAGCCAACCUGCUAUUGUGCUGAUAAACCAAGAUGGCCAGAUUCCAAAAUCGCAAAAGAUGCCCCUCCUCCUAAAAACGACCAUAACAGUAUUUGCGGGCAUCCUAAUUGUGAAUAUUGUGAAGAAGGAAUGACCAAUAUCUGUGAGCAUAUGGGGAUCACUGGGCUUGGGUGCACUGACGGUGGGCUUGCAGAAUAUGUGGUAGUUUCCAAGCACCAUUUGGUAAAGGUUCCAAAAUGGAUCCCUAUGGACUGUGCUGCCCUUGUCCAACCUUUAUCUGUUAGUUACCAUGCUUUCAGGACUUGUGGCUUCAAAAAAGGCAGUAGUGCUCUUAUUGUGGGCUGUGGUAGUAUUGGUAUUGGGUGUAUUUUAUCAGCCCAAGCGUUCGGGGCCGGUAAGAUUGUGUGCUCCGAGCCUGCCCAAGUACGUCGUGAGCAAGCAAAGGCUCUAGGGGUUGAUGCAGUGUAUAACCCAAAAGAUUCUGGCGACGAUUUCUCAAAAACUGUUCAAACUUUGAAAAGCCUCUCUCCUGGUGGUCGUGGGUUCGAUUAUGCCUUUGAUUGCUCGGGGUUCCCAAUCACAUUCAAAACUGGGUUGGACUGUAUUAAGGCCCGGGGUAAAUUAGUCAACUUGGCCAUUUGGCCUACUAACCCUAUGGAUUUCUAUCCUAUGGAUUUCACAAGUGGUGAAAAAAGUAUCACUGGAUCGAUGUGUUACACUCUAGAGGAUUUCGAAGGAGUGAUCAAUGCAAUGGCAGAUCAUCGGAUCAGUUUAGAAAAUUGCAAGAAGUUGAUCACCAAAAAAGUUAUGUUGGAAGAUGCCGUUGACGGGGGUUUUGAAGAGUUGGUUCGUAAUAAGGAUAACCAUGUGAAGAUCUUGAUCACUCCAAAAACUCUCAAAGAUGGUAAGGAAGUUGAUUCUCAGAAUUAA